AUGAGGCUCACGGCAGACCUCAUCAACAACUCCCUAUCCUACCUCAACCCGCUCAAGGAGCGAGAGCUGGAUCUCCGAGGUCACCGAAUUCCCGCUAUUGAGAACCUGGGCGUUGCCGGCCCCCACGAUGCGAUAGACCUGACCGACAACGACAUCCAAGUGCUCGGCAACUUCCCGCUGUCACCGCGCGUGCGCACCCUGCUGCUGGCCCGCAACCGUAUCGCCGCCGUCCAGUCCACGCUCCCUGCUGCCGUCCCGGGUCUGCGCAACCUCGUGUUGGCUGCCAACCACCUGGCUGAGCUGUCUGAUCUGGAUGUGCUGGGUCGGUUUGCGAGGUUGACCCAUCUGGUGCUGGUCGAUAAUCCGGUGACGAAGAAGGAGCAUUAUCGAUACUGGGUGCUUUGGAGGUGUCCUACGGUCCGGUUUCUUGAUUACCAAAAGGUCAAGGAUGCCGAGAGGGAAAAGGCAAAGGAGCUAUUUGGCUCGGCCGAGGCGCCAACGGACUUGGCUUCGCAGAUAAUGGGCGUCAAGAGCAAGACAUUCGACGUGGGCUCGGCGAACGGCCCCGCCGGCGCUUCGCAAGCGUCUAAGCUGUCGCGGCUCAAGCUCACUGAGAAGGAGCGCAAGAAGCUGGAGGAGAUGAUCAAGAAGGCGGAGAGCUUGGAGGAGAUUAUUAGGCUGGAGAAGGCACUCAACGAAGGGCGGCUGCCGCCGGGGAUCAUGGUGGAGGAUGCAAUGGAAGAGUGA